UUUGAAUUUCCUCUUCGAAACACUUGCUUCACACAGUAACCUCUCUGCCUGAGAUACAGUAACUGGCAUUAGCACAGUGUUAAGACCGAGCCUGGACCAACAGGUGGACCAUCAGUCAGGGCAUCCUCUCUUACGACAUCCCCCAUCCCCCUCACCUUGCUCAGCAAUACCCCCACCUUGCUCAGCAGAGAACGACCAUGAUCUCACUCCAGAGUAUGUUGGGCCUCCUCAUGCUCAUGCUCAUGCUGUUACAUGGAGUAGUUACCUUUCCUCUUGAGCUCAACCCUCCCAGAGUGGUGGUGAGAUAUGGAGACUCAGUCUCAGUCAACUGCAGCACAUCAUCCACAGACCAUGAGGGGAUGGGCUGGGAGGCCACAUUCGGAGGUAAAAGUUUUGAACAAGAUGUCAACGUUGUCACCUGGACUAUGGAUAACCUUACUGAUUGGAUAAUAGAACCCAAAUGCAACAUCACUCUCAAUGAUGGCGAACAACUCUCAAAAGUACUUCCAGUCAUUCUCUACAAGACUCCAGACAGAGUCUCCAUCUCUGUUCUGAGCCACUCUGGUCCCAUGGUGGAGGGGACACAGUACCAGCUGCAGUGUGACAUUCAGAGCAUCGCUCCUCUACAGAACCUGGUUGUGAAGUGGUACAAAGGGACUGAACCCUUAGAAAAUGUAACUUACAGAAACGUCAAUAAGAGACCAGAGGAUGUGUCAGCUACUCUGAUGAUCAGCCCCAGUAGAGAUGAUGAUGGAGAUCAGUAUAGAUGUAGAGCAGAACUGGACCUGGGACCAGAGGGACCACAACCCCAUCCUACAGUGACAUCAGAACCUCUCAGCAUUACUGUGCACUACGCUCCUGAGUUCCUUCCAGGAAAUGACACAGUGGAGGUGAGUGCAGGCAGUGAUGUGUCUCUGGACUGCAGUGCUGAGGGGAACCCUCCUCCUGAGCUGAGGUGGACCAACAACACUGCAGAGGGAAAUGCCAAUGAGACCACUGUGGGGCGCCUGCGUACUCUCAAUAUCUCCAGAGUAACAGCUAAUGCAACUUACAACUGCACAGUCACAAAUAGACUGGGCUCCAUCACCAAGCAGAUACAUGUCCUAGUAGAUGUACCUCCACAACAACACCCAACGAUGUUCUCCACAGCACCCUCAACUCCAGGAACUAUGACCACCCUUCCAGGAACAGCCAAGCCAAAAGUAGUUACCUUUCCUCUUGAGCUCAACCCUCCCAGAGUGGUGGUGAGAUAUGGAGACUCAGUCUCAGUCAACUGCAGCACAUCAUCCACAGACCAUGAGGGGAUGGGCUGGGAGGCCACAUUCGGAGGUAAAAGUUUUGAACAAGAUGUCAACGUUGUCACCUGGACUAUGGAUAACCUUACUGAUUGGAUAAUAGAACCCAAAUGCAACAUCACUCUCAAUGAUGGCGAACAACUCUCAAAAGUACUUCCAGUCAUUCUCUACAAGACUCCAGACAGAGUCUCCAUCUCUGUUCUGAGCCACUCUGGUCCCAUGGUGGAGGGGACACAGUACCAGCUGCAGUGUGACAUUCAGAGCAUCGCUCCUCUACAGAACCUGGUUGUGAAGUGGUACAAAGGGAAUGAACCCUUAGAAAAUGUAACUUACAGAAACGUCAAUAAGAGACCAGAGGAUGUGUCAGCUACUCUGAUGAUCAGCCCCAGUAGAGAUGAUGAUGGAGAUCAGUAUAGAUGCAGAGCAGAACUGGACCUGGGACCAGAGGGACCACAACCCCAUCCUACAGUGACAUCAGAACCUCUCAGCAUUACUGUGCACUACGCUCCUGAGUUCCUUCCAGGAAAUGACACAGUGGAGGUGAGUGCAGGCAGUGAUGUGUCUCUGGACUGCAGUGCUGAGGGGAACCCUCCUCCUGAGCUGAGGUGGACCAACAACACUGCAGAGGGAAAUGCCAAUGAGACCACUGUGGGGCGCCUGCGUACUCUCAAUAUCUCCAGAGUAACAGCUAAUGCAACUUUCAACUGCACAGUCACAAAUAGACUGGGCUCCAUCACCAAGCAGAUACAUGUCCUAGUAGAUGUACCUCCACAACAACACCCAACGAUGUUCUCCACAGCACCCUCAACUCCAGGAACUAUGACCACCCUUCCAGGAACAGCCAAGCCAAAAGUAGUUACCGUUCCUCUUGAGCUCAACCCUCCCAGAGUGGUGGUGAGAUAUGGAGACUCAGUCUCAGUCAACUGCAGCACAUCAUCCACAGACCAUGAUGGGAUGGGCUGGGAGGCCACAUUCGGAGGUAAAAGUUUAGAACAAGAUGUCAACGUUGUCACCUGGACUGUGAAUAACCUUACAGAUUGGACAAUAGAACCCAAAUGCUACAUCAAUCUCAAUGAUGGCGAACAACCCUUAAAAGUACUUCCAGUCAUUCUCUACAAGACUCCAGACAGCAUCUCCAUCUCUGUUCUGAGCCACUCUGGUCCCAUGGUGGAGGGGACACAGUACCAGCUGCAGUGUGACAUUCAGAACAUCGCUCCUCUACAGAACCUGGUUGUGAAGUGGUACAAAGGGAAUGAACCCUUAGAUAAUGUAACUUACAGUAACGUCAGUAAGAGACCAGAGGAUGUGUCAGCUACUCUGAUGAUCAGCCCCAGUAGAGAUGAUGAUGGAGAUCAGUAUAGAUGUAGAGCAGAACUGGACCUGGGACCAGAGGGACCACAACCCCAUCCUACAGUGACAUCAGAACCUCUCAGCAUUACUGUGCACUACGCUCCUAAGUUCCUUCUAGGGAAUGACACAGUGGAGGUGAGUGCAGGCAGUGAUGUGUCUCUGAACUGCAGUGCUGAGGGGAACCCUCCUCCUGAGAUGAAGUGGAACUACACCGCUGCACGCAAUGUGAAGUUGUCCACUGAGGGGCGCCAGAGGACUGUUAGAAUCACCGCAGCUACGUCUACCAACGCUGGGAUCUACAUCUGCACUGCCACGAAUAUAGUUGGGACGGCCACCAGAACAACAUUAUUAACUAUGAAAGGUGGCUCCUCCAGUAUAAUUUGGGCGAUUGUAUUAGUUUUCCUGGUAUUUGUCCUGAUAGUCCCGAUAGUCUUCUGUGUGAGGAAGAAAAGACAAGGACAUUAUGAUUUCAUACCAGUCAACCAGCCAAACAACGUUCCACUGAUGCCAAUGUCUACAACAGGGGAAGGCAACCAUGAUCCAGAGGGGUAUCCUACGAAGGUUUGAGGAGUUACCUCAGUAAAUUAGAUAAACUCUGAUUUCAACUCGGGAUAGCCAGUCAUAGGAAAGUGUCUCACCCUUUAGCCAGGUACAUUUCAGAACUAAUCUGCUCCUGGGCAGGCUAACUCCAGUCCAGUAGAGGUUACUGAGGGGAGGACGGUCCAUAAUAAUGGCUGGAACGGAGCGUGGAUACCAUUCCACUGAUUGUGCUCCAGCCAUUACCACGAGCCCGUCUUCUCCCGAUUAACUUCUUGAUACUACCCAUCCCGUAUCCGGGAUCGUGAAUACAGCCUCAGGCUCAUUAGCAUAACGCAACGUUAACGAUUACUGAAAAUCGCAAAUGAAAUGAAACUAAUAUGCCUGCUCUCAAGCUUAGCCUUUUCUUAACAACACUGUCAUCUCAGAUUUUCAAAAUAUGCUUUUGAACCAUGGCAAAUCAAGCAUUUGUGUAAGAGUAUUGCUAGCUAGCUUAGCAUUUAGCGUAGCAUUUAGCACGCAACAUUUUCACAAAAACCAGAAAACCAAAUAAAUAAAUUAAUGUACCUUUGAAGAACUUCGGAUGUUUUCAAUGAGGAGACUCUCAGUUACAUAGCAAAUGUUCAGUUUUUCCUGAAAGAAUCUUUGUGUAGGAGAAAUCGCUCCGUUUUGUACAUCACAUUUGGCUACCGAAACGAACCGAAAAUUCAGUCACCAAAACAUGGCAAACGUCAAACUUUUUCCAAAUUAACUCCAUAAUAUCGACCGAAACAUGGGAAACGUUGUUUAGAAUCAAUCCUCAAGGUGUUUUUUCACAUAUCUCUUCAUUGAUAUGCCGUUCGUGGAAGCCUGCUUUCGUCUCAGAAUCCCAUGGAAAAAUACCAGCAGCUGAAAAUGACGCACCAAUUUCGACGGAGGACACCGGGCGGACACCCGGCAAAUGUAGUCUCUUAUGGUCAAUCUUCCAAUGAUAUGCCUACAAAUACGUCACAAUGCUGCAGACACCUUGGGGAAACGAUAGAUAGGGCAGGCUCAUUCCUGUCGCAUUCACAGCCAUAUAAGGAGACAAUGAAAAACAGAGCCUCAAAAAUCCUGCUCAUUUCCUGGUUGCAGUUUCAUCUUGGUUUUGCCUGUAGCUCCUGUUCUGGGGCACUCACAGACAAUAUCUUUGCAGUUCUGGAAACCUCAGUGUUUUCUUUCCAAAGCUAUCAAUUAUAUGCAUAGUCGAGCAUCUUUUUGUGACAAAAUAUUGAGCUUAAAACGGGCAGGUCUUUUUAUUCAAAAAUGAAAUAGCGCCCCCAUAGAUUGGUUCCAACAAUCUCCUGUGAACUCCACUUCCACUGAAGUGACUGAGCCACGAGUUGAAGACCAAUUAAAUAAGAAUCCCCCCCGCUUGUAAAUAUUGUGUCAUCGUGUACUUAAUUUGAGGAAGACAAUAUUUUAUUAAUAAAAUGUUUGUUUUUUUGUGUAUAUUUUUUGGAGGGGGGUGGGGUUCAAAUAUAUCACAUUCCACAUUUUGUAAUGACAGAAUGCAUUUUAAACUUCACGCACAGUAACACUUUUGUACAACAUUAAAAUUAUUUGGUCUACAUGCAACACUGGGAUUUAAUAAAUAAAAUCCUUAAAAAUACAUUUAAUCCACAUCAUUGAACAAUUCAUUCUGAAUGAAAAACGAAAUAUAAUUUAUUUCAAACAACAAUGAGACUGCGUGAUCUGCAAAAUUAUUUAAAAUGUAAGAUUAGGUUGGCGAUUCAAUCGGAGAAAUGUAUUUUACUUGACUUUGAAUGUGACUUUGAGUAACACAUCUAUGUGAGUUUACUGUUAAUAUACUUGUAUAGGAUUUGGAGUCAAUGUCAACUAUGUGUAGUCUAGACUAGGGCCGCAACUUUGGUUCUAGAAGUGGGGGGACAUAAUAUUAUUAUUUGUUUUAAAAUAUCCAGUCAGAUAAACACUCCAAACAGCCUAUGCGACGGCUCGGAGACAUCCGCGUGGUCUUAAAGCACACCGUUGCCUAGUUUUGUAUCACAUUCCAAUGAUAAAACUGGGGAGGACAAAAUUUACUUUCAGAAUGUGGGGGGGACAUGCCCCCGUCUCCAGUGAAAGUUGUACCCCUGCUAGGAAUUGUACUGUAUAAGAAAAUAACAACAUGAAAUGUAUUACUGCCAUGUGCUGGCUGCCUUCUUGAACAAAUAGUGUUGUAAAAUUUGAGGAUUUAUGUAAGUAUGAAGUAGCUAUGUGUGUGUGCUUACCUUAGUCUAGAAAAUGAAUCAGAAUACUGUUGAUACAUAGGCCUUGAUUCAGUGGUACAGUUUGUUGAAUUCUGUUUGCACAAUCUAACUAUGAGCUUUUUUUAGUGUGACUAGCGUUUUUUAAAUGCUUUUGUAGAUUUUUGCCUGUUCAAGUGUCUUGCAUCUGACAACCUACAAAGGCAUUUAAUAAGAAUGUUCCUAUUUCUAUAUCAAUAGUUAAUUGUAUUGCUUGCUGUAGUCUAAUUACAAUAGAAUCUGAACAUUCAUUUUCCUUUAUAAAACUAUUUUCAAAGAUGUUUUUAAAAGUGACUUGUGUAUGCCCAUAAAUAAACAAGAUUCACUGAUUAUGACAUGCCAAUGCCA